AUGGAACAAAUGGGGAUAGCAGCGGAAGCUCAUAACGUGAAAAUUCUGGGAUCAGGCACCGAAUACAUAGUUCUGGCUCACGGCUUUGGCACCGAUCAAUCUGUGUGGAAACACUUUGUACCUUAUCUCGUUGAUGAUUACCGUGUCGUUCUCUACGAUAACAUGGGAGCGGGCACCACUAACCCUGACUACUUCGAUUUCGAGCGCUACUCCAGCUUAGAAGGUUACGCGUCAGAUUUGCUUGCCAUUUUAGAAGAGCUCCAAAUUGAAUCUUGCAUAUUCGUUGGCCACUCUGUUUCCGGAAUGAUUGGUGCUAUUGCUUCUAUUUCUCGCCCCGAUCUCUUCACCAAACUCAUUCUGGUUGGAGCUUCCCCCAGGUAUUUGAACGACGUGGAUUACUACGGAGGAUUUGAGCAGGAAGAGCUGAACCAACUAUUCGAUGCUAUGGCGUCGAAUUACAAAGCGUGGUGCUGUGGGUUUGCUCCGCUGGCUGUGGGCGGAGACUUGGAUUCUGUGGCAGUGCAGGAAUUUAGUCGAACAUUGUUCAACAUGAGGCCCGACAUAGCGCUGGUGGUGUCGCGGACAAUAUUUCAAAGCGACAUGAGGCAGAUUCUGAAUCUUGUCUGUGUCCCCUGCCACAUCAUACAGGCGGAGAAAGACAUGGCGGUUCCGGUGAUGAUCUCGGAGUAUCUCCACCAACACAUUUCUGCUGAGUCCAUCGUCGAGGUCAUGGCCACCGAUGGCCAUUUGCCGCAGUUAAGCUCGCCGGAUAUCGUUAUUCCGGUGCUGCUCAAACACAUUCACCUUGAUGUUGAGGCAAGAAGCUAG